AUGGAGAGCCAGAACCUUCCCCCUCUAGCAGCCAAAUUUGUACGCAAUGCGAAGAAGAGGACUCGCGUCUCAGCUGUCGAAGACUUUUACGCAACGUACGCUCGAGAUUGGCCACGUCUAUCGACUACGGAUGUGGACAAGCUUGUGAAGAAGCUCAAGGUCGCGGGGAACUUGCUGGAUACUGAGUGGGCAGCCCUGCCUCUAUCAAGGACAAGGACCGGUGGCGAAACUACUUGGUACAACAUCGAAGACGAGCACUUUCGUGGUCUUGAGGAUGUCUUCAAGAGCGUGAUUCGGGCUGCGGAGGAAGAGUUCUCUACCAGGUUCUCUCGCGCUUCUCGGACAACGAACUUUAUGUGUCUGCCCAGGCGAAGCAUGCAGUUGGAGACCAAUGGGACUUCGCCCAGAGUCGACGCUGUCAGCGUGCGCGUCAAGCCCUCUUGCCCUCAAGGAGCUCUGUCUGGUAGUGCGCGCAAUGGAUCAUUCAAGCUCCGACGAUCUCGAAGGACAGUCUUUGCCGCCGACACCCUUAUAACGGCUGAGUUCAGAGGGCCCUGGGAUUGGAGUCGGCGAGAUCGCCACGAGAACGACGAGAAGAUCUUUUGCCACGCUGCACAUGCUCUGUUCAAUGACGUCGCCCGCGUCGCCGCCUUCUCGUUCACCAUCGAAGGAACAUGGAUGCGGGUUUGGUGCCAUACUCGAACGCACACCGGACUCUCGAAGUAUUUUAAUAUAAACAAGAACCCUGGCGAACUCAUCCAAUUCAUCCUCUUCAGCACGUAUGCGACCCCGACACAACUCGGGAUAGACCCAUCCGUUCACCGGGUCGUCGACGAGGACGGCCUUCUCCAAUAUCAGUUCGACGUCUGCAAUCCAAAGACACUGGUCACUACCACCUAUCAGACCGUGAACCUCAUCGCAGAGCCCUCCGUCGCCGACAUCUACUCACGGACCAUGCGCGUCUUCGAGGUCCGUGAGGUCACGCAUCCUGCGGAACUGGCCAAUGUCAGACGCCUCGCUGCCAACUCCAACGUACUGCGCGACUUCUGGGUCUACGAGGACGCGGAGGAAGAAUCCUGCAAGCAAAGUGUCAUUAUCCAGGGUCUGAAGGAAGCGAAAGUCUGGGCGAGCGCUGCGAAGCACUUCAUGAACAUCAUCCAGGAUGGUAUUGUCCUAGGGCCAUCUUCUACUGCCAUUAGCUUCGUCCCUCCCACGGUCUUCCACGGCAUAACACCCACCCCUCACGCUGAUGCACAGUCCUACAAAAUCAUCGAUGCUUCGAGGGUGGAUCUCUUUGGCUCAUCCGAGCGCAAGGCUACUGCAGCGGCUCCUCCGCCACCAGUGCCGGCGAAUCCCCUACCUCUUCAAGCAAAAGUGCACGUCCGCACCGUGUAUAAGCAGGUAUGCAGAGACCUUUUCGAGGUCACGGACCCCGCGUUCUUCUUCUACGCGAUGAGUGAGGUGGCGCAGAUCUUACGUUACUUGAAGCUCGCCGGCUAUGUCCAUAGAGACGUCAGCCCCGGUAACUUCCUCCUGCAUUACCUGAAGGGGCCGCUUCCGUCCGUGGGGGAUAUGUCGAAGACGAAGCGCGAGGACUGGGUGACGAUUGUCUCCGACCUCGAAUACUCUCAGCCCUUCCUCACCGGCGAGGGCCAUGAUUCCAUCGUCGGCACUUCGUACUACAUCGCGGUGGAAGUUCAGACCAGCGGGUACUGGUUCAAGCCCGAAGUCGAAUCCUUCCGCGUCCCCCGUUCGCUGGCACUGAAAAGCUUCGCUUUCAAUCCCUAUCACGAUCUUGAGUCCUCCCUGUGGAUGGCUUUGGACUUUGUCGUUCGUCGCGCGCCUCAGAAGGUCAUCGAUACCAAUGUAUCUGGGCGACCGGUGAAGGAAAUCCUCCAGCAGCAUGCGCAGAAGAUGUUCAUAGCACGAGCGGACGGUUCUCAGAGUCGCUGGAAGUACUUGACGAGCUUCCGGCCGAUUAGGGAGCUGCGAGCGGACCUUCGUCUCAUCUAUGGGGAAGCGCAUCCUAUCCCCAAGCUGGCCGACUGCAUUGUGGACAUGCGCCAGGCGUACAUUGCGCUGCAGGACAGCGUGGAGACUCCGACCGUGCCCCUGGCCAACGGGCGCCAUGCGUUCGACCCUGCGCUAUUCAAGGACGUCGUGUACGACAAGCUCGAGGCGGUAUACACCGCAAUCAGCGACCACUACGCAUGCGCGAACAACGCGGACACCUUCGUGUGGGUGCCCAAACCUCCGGGACCCGUCUACUAUACAUUCUCAGGCGAGACGGACCCCGGAUCUGACGUCGAUGGCUCGUCAGACGAAGAUUUGGGUGAAGAGACGGACGAAGAGGGGCUUCCGAAGGAUGAUCGGGCAGAGGCGCUCGUUGGGAAAGGCGGCGAAGUGGGCGACGACAUGCACGUCGUCAACAACGGUUCGGUAGCGCGGAAUGCGUCCGAGACAGGCGCAGGUGUGGAUGGCAUUGCUGCAGGACCGAAUCGUGCGGCGCCCCCGCUCAAGCGGAAGCGCAACGAUGACAUUCAGCCCGAUCCACCUAUGCAGAAGGCUAAGCGCUCGCGCACAAAGGGAUUGGCACCUACGCGAAGGUCUGACCGCAUACGGAAAAUGUUGGCAAAGAAAGAUCGUCCGGAAGAAGCGCAGGUCCCAAGCGCAUCGCGGUCGAAAUUAAUCCGCAGCACGCAACGCAAGAAGACGCGGACUGGUAUAGCGAUGCAUUAGAUAUUUACGGU